ACGUGAUGUAAAUUUAUGUCGGGCAUGCGCGACAUUGCCGAAUAUUUUUCGAGUGAUUUUGAAACGGUGAGAAUUUCUGUGUAAAAAGUGUAACGUAUUGCAUAUUUCUAUUAUUUUUCUAUUUUAAUACAACAAACGUAAAAAUUGAUAGUGCCUGUGCUUCUAGUUGAUUCGUGUAAGGAAGUGUUUUACUUGCAAAGGUCAAAUCUCUAGAUGGGAAUGUCUCCGGAACGUAUUUUUACAUCGGAUUACAAAGGCCGUGCCUUGUUUCGUAUGUGAUCGAGAAGCAAGUUUCCAGAUAAAACAAAUGCGAAAAGAUUCUUAGUGGACAUAUAAAAUGCAGUGGUUGUGUGCUCAGUAGCGGUGGCGCGGUCAGUGUUGUGAUAGCGGGGUUCGGUGCCGGCUAGUUUUGUGCAAUGACAGUUAUUUGGGUGCGGACACUCGGUUACGUGGCUAAGGUGAAAUUUUUGGAUUUGAAUCAAGGAUAAACGACGUUUAACGAUGUCGCACUACCCGCAGCCGGCGUCGCUGGAGGCUGCGCUGCCGCUGCUGAGCCGGCCGGACCUACGGCUGCGGCAGCUGCUGGGUGAACAGCUAGUUGCGCUCGUCCGCCGCGAGCCAGACCUCACUUUUGAUAUCGCGGCGCAGCUGCUCGACGCACUCGUAGCUUGGCUUAAUGGUGGCAACUUUAAGAUUGCACAGAAUGGGCUGGAAGUGAUGACCGCUCUGGCGGAGCGUAUGGGACCAGACUUCUCAAACUUUGUGCCUACAGUCCUACCUCAUAUUAUUGACAGGUUGGCGGAUACGAAAGAGUGCGUGCGUACCGCUGCCCGUACGUGCGUGGCGGCGUUAGGUACGAGCCGCGCGGCCGCUCCUCGCACUUUGCUGGCUCGUCUCACCCCCGCACUUCAGCACAAGGCUGCUCACACCAGGGAAGAGACACUCCGGUGCAUUGGGUCACUGCUUGAAGCACAUGGGGCGGCGGAUCUCCAGCUGAGGACCGCAGUGCCAACAUUGGCGGCGCUGGUGGGUGAUCCCAACAGUGCUGUCCGUGAUGCCGCCAUGCAGCUGCUCGUCGACGUCUACAGACACGUCGGUGAAAAAUUACGUUAUGAUUUGAAGAAGAAAGAAUUGGUGCCAGCGCAGAAGAUGGCACUGCUGGAACAGAAGUUUGACGAGGCAAAGGAAGCCGGGUUACUGCUGUCCACAGCCGUGGAUGAGACUGAUUUCGUGUCUCGUAGUGUGAAACGUACUAUGACAAUACCGACGUCAGCGCGACGUGAAGAUUGCUCGCCCGCGUCCACUCCAGCGUGCGAGCCUCCGAAGAGGACGGUGGCGGGACUCUACAGCCAGCCCUCCUCUAACAGGAAACCUCCUCCGCCUGCCAAGUUGCAGACUGCUGGAGCUGGGUCCAGCAGUGCUGGUGCAGGCGGUGGUGAGGCCGGCGCUGUGUCGAGUGAGGCAUUCGAGGCAGCAUUCGCAGCCACAGCUCCCGCUGCUAUUUAUGGUGCCCGAGGACUUGACGAUCUCUUCAGGCAUGCGGCCGCGUUGCUAGGCGACCGCGCCGCAGACUGGGAACGGCGCGUUGAUGCGUUGAAGAAGAUCCGUUCACUCCUGACUGCGAACGCGCACGUGCAGUACCCGGUGGAAUUCUCGGCUCAUCUCAAGGAGCUGGCGGUGCCUUUCCUGGUCGUCAUCAAAGAUCUCAGGAGCCAGGUUGUAAGAGAGGCGUGUAUAACAAUAGCUCAUAUGGCUAAAGUAUUGAAAAACAAAUUGGAUCAGUUCAGUCUGUAUAUAAUGCAAGAAGUUAUCAAUCUUAUACAAAAUGCAGCUAAGGUGAUGUCGUCUGCGGGUACGAUCUGCCUGCGUUACGUGGUGGUGUACGUACACUCUCCUCGUCUGCUGCCACCACUCGCCACCAACCUCACCACGCACAAGUCAAAGGAGAUACGAUCCACUCUCUGUGAGUUGUUAGUUGUCCUGUUGGAGCAUUGGUCGACCAGCUGUAUAGAGAAGCAGCAGCAGGUGUUGCGCGACGCCAUACGACGCGCCUGCGCAGACGCAGACAGCACCGCGCGCAGUCACGGACGCAGGGCAUACUGGGCUUACAAACGUCACUUCCCUGAGGACGCUGAGCAGCUGUUCACACAGAUGGACCCUGGAGCACAGAAACAGAUCGACAGAGAGAGGGUCGGCAGUGUUGAUAGUCUGCAUCACGUCGGAACUGAAAGGAGAGCUCUCAUCAGUCCCAAGAGUCCAUCUGCGAGUGUUUCGGAACGUUCCCCGGGUGCGGGUAUGGGCGGGGCGGCGCGCAGCGUGUCCGCACUGGACUCUGCGGCCGCGCAGCGAGCACGCGCACGCGCACUCUACUCGCACAUGAGCCGCGCCAAGGUCACCGCCGGCACUGCCUCUCUGCCCCGUGCUAAAAGAUCUCCAGUGAGUGCUGCUGUACCACCCAGCCCUGAGCGUACUGCGACCCGCUCGCGCUCCAGACCUGGUGUGUCACAGUCACAACCGACAUCUCGUUCGUCGUCACCAUCAUCACGCAGCGGACCUCUGUCACUGUCAACACGGCGUCGACCUUCCGGUAUACCGCGCUCCCUCGCCGGCUCCAGGGAGACCAGCCCCACCAGGAAUGGUCGGUCGAGCAGUGCUAUCGGUGGUGUGCGGCGCCGCGAGUCUGUGGAGCGAGCAACACGCGCACCUGCAGCAACACUCCGCCUGCUGCAACAGUCCCGGGACGCGGAGGCCUCACUUAGAAGUCCUGAGGAUAGUUCGAUGUGUGAUGACAGACGACGUGACGACGACUCUGAAGCAUCCAGCGUCUGCUCUGAGAGGAGUCUAGACUCUUACAGGAGACAUGAUAGUUCUUCGUGGUCGUGUCAGGGAUGGGAGAGUUCUCCGCCGCCGCCGCCACCUCCCGACGAGAUCAUCGCACUGUGCGCCUGCACACAUUGGACAGAGCGCAAGAACGGACUCACACAUCUCGCUAAUUACUUGAACAGCGGACGUCUGUUAACGGAAGACCAGUUGCGUCGUCUCACAGAGCUGCUGAACAAGAUGUUUGUGGACGCACACACCAAGAUGUUCACUUUGUUGUUGGAUGCUGUAUGCGAGCUGUUGUUGGUGCACUGUGCUCAGCUCAAGGACUGGCUGUAUCAACUCAUGUUCAGACUGCUGAUGAAGCUGGGUACAGACAUCCUGGGCUCCAUGCAGACCAAGAUCAUGAAGACAUUGGACGUAAUACACGAGUACUUCCCCGCAGAGCUGCAGUUGCACAAUAUUUUCAGGUUCCUAGCAGAUGGUGCGACUACACCUACAGCUAAGACGAAGGUUGCAGCGCUAAGGUUCCUGACUGAUCUCGCCCACGAAUAUUGCACCCCUAGCAGCCUUGCACUAGCGCUUAAUGGUGGCGCUAGUGGUGCUGCAGGACGAGCACUCUGCAAGGUGGCGGCACUAGCGAGUGACCCGCGCGCACCAGAAGUACGCACCGGAGCCCGACGUGCACUCGCCGCCCUCUACGACUGCAACCCCGUGCCUUUCACAGCGCUAAUGAGCGAGUUGCCAGCAGAGACGCAAGCUCUCGUCAACAGUGUGGUCCAGCAGCAUGUCCGGAGAACCUCUAGCACCGGCAGCGAGAGUCCUCUGCGCGCAGUUAGCAACAACACGGCGGGCGGCGAGGACGUGUACUCGCGCAUACGCAAGACCACAUCUGAAAUACAUUCGUACACAGCACAGCACGCUAAUGCGGAAUGCGGCAAUCAUAUGUCGAGCAAGGACUCUGGCAUCAGCCAGAUGUCUGGUGCCACGCUCUCCAAUAAGGGAACCAACGGCACCAACGGCGCUAAUGGUGUGCCAAACGGACAUUACAGCGCUAACGAGACGAUAGCGCGCGCUGCGUCCGCCGACAGCUCGGAGGAGACAGGCAGCACCAAGGAGUCCUCGCCGGUGCCGCAUGCCCACCAUCUCGCACAUCACGGAGAUUUGGCUCGCGACAAGAUAAAACCUUAUGAAACAGACGAGAACGGAUAUAUUAUUACAAAAUGUGGUCUAAGAGAGCCGGAGGUGCUGGAGGCGCUGUGCGGGCUGGACGCGGCGCAGGCUCAGCCCGAGCAGCUGGAGCGACUGCUGCUGGCCACGCACGAGCUGCUCAAGUACGGCGACUGCCGCAAGCCCUGCGAGUACUUCAAGAACAUAGUGCGUGUGGCGCUUGCCGCGCUGUCUGUAGAGGAGGGUUCCGCUGACAAGGAGAACUCAGAUGGCGCCACCAACGCGGCCAACGCCAGUAACACUAACGCACAACAAUCUGGUUGGGGCAGUGCUGGAGAGCGCGCGGCGGCGGAGGCAGUACGUGUACUGGUGUGGUUGUGCAGACGCGAGCAGACGAGGGCGCUUUGGCUAGACUACUUCGACCUCAUCCUCCUCAAACUGAUCAACGCGUACGCUCUCAGCAAGGAGGUGAUGCGUGCCGUUGAUGCAGGCAUGCCGCACAUCGCUAACGCACUGCCAGCACAUCAGGUGUUCGCGUUGCUGAAGCCAGUGAUACGAACACGAGGCUAUCCGACAUCACUGUGCGCUCUCAAACUGGCCACGGAGGUGGCGAAGGCGCGCGGAUCUGAACUCACAGAUGAUAUCGUCUCUCAACUCAUGGAAGGAGUUGGACAGUUGGCGGACCAUCAGAACUCAGCGGUGCGCAAGGCUGCAGUAUUCUGUAUGGUGGCGUUCACAUUCGCGCUGGGUGAGGAGCGCAUGCAGCCUCAUCUCAAACAUCUCUCUGUCAGCAAGUUCCGACUGCUGCAGGUGUACAUUGGUAAACAACGCGAGGACGCGGCGCGCAGCAGUUCCGGCUCGUAGCGACGGCAGCGAGCGCGGUUCACGUGUCGCGCCACGCAGACUGACGCGUAGCACGCGCACGCCUCACACGCACCUCACACGCACCUCACACGUACCUCACACAUGUGUAUACGCGCACCUCAUACGUGUGCGUAUGCGUACGUUGGACGUGUAUCUACGUGCGUAGUUAGGUGCCGCCUCUUUAUAGCUAGAUACAGUAUCUAAUUUGCGAUAAAUCAUGAUAAAUGUUUCACAGCGCUCUAAUUAUGAUUUAAAUUUAACUGAAUCAUUAAUUAAAAAUGACUAACAACGAACGAGACUAGUGCUGCUUCAGCUAUAACGAUAAAUUGAACCGGUUAUAACCGGUUAUAACAGAAUGAAACCGGUUGUAACUGUGACGUCACAUAUCGCCAUCUCACGCCAGGCUUUCUUCAUUUAAAAUGUAAAUUUCUUCGUUUUUUUUUGUAUCGAAACUAAGCAUUUAUCUAACGAGAUAUUAAAUUUAAUAUUAAAUUAAU